CUCCUGCCGCAGAGCGGAGGAGCGGCCGGGCGGGAGAGGAGCCACACACUUCGCCGACGCUUCAGCGGGGGGCCCCCGGCGGCAGGAUGGCGACCGUGGUGGUGGAAGCCACCGAACCGGAGCCAUCCGGCAGCAUCGCCAACCCGGCGACAUCCACCUCACCCAGCCUGUCGCACCGCUUCCUAGACAGCAAGUUCUACUUGCUGGUGGUGGUCGGCGAGACGGUGACCGAGGAGCACCUGCGGCGUGCCAUCGGCAACAUCGAGCUGGGGAUCCGAUCAUGGGACACAAACCUGAUUGAAUGCAACUUGGACCAAGAACUCAAACUUUUUGUAUCUCGACACUCUGCAAGAUUCUCUCCUGAAGUUCCAGGACAAAAGAUCCUUCAUCACCGAAGUGACGUUUUAGAGACAGUAGUCUUGAUCAACCCCUCAGAUGAAGCCGUCAGCACCGAGGUGCGCCUGAUGAUCACUGACGCCGCCCGCCACAAGCUGCUGGUGCUUACCGGGCAAUGCUUUGAAAACACCGGUGAGCUCAUUCUCCAGUCGGGUUCCUUCUCCUUCCAGAACUUCAUAGAGAUUUUCACCGAUCAAGAGAUUGGGGAGUUACUGAGCACCACCCACCCUGCAAACAAAGCCAGCCUAACCCUGUUCUGUCCCGAGGAGGGGGACUGGAAGAAUUCUAAUCUUGAUAGACACAACCUCCAAGAUUUCAUCAAUAUUAAGCUCAACUCAGCUUCCAUAUUGCCAGAAAUGGAAGGACUUUCUGAGUUUACUGAAUAUCUCUCCGAGUCAGUAGAAGUCCCAUCUCCCUUUGACAUCCUGGAACCCCCCACCUCAGGGGGGUUUCUCAAGCUCUCCAAGCCCUGCUGUUACAUUUUCCCAGGGGGCCGGGGCGAUUCUGCCCUGUUUGCAGUGAACGGAUUCAAUAUGCUCAUCAAUGGAGGAUCGGAAAGAAAAUCAUGCUUUUGGAAGCUCAUCCGGCACUUGGACCGUGUGGACUCCAUCCUGCUCACCCACAUUGGGGAUGACAAUUUGCCUGGAAUCAACAGCAUGUUGCAGCGGAAGAUCGCAGAGCUGGAAGAGGAGCAGUCCCAGGGGUCCACCACCAACAGUGACUGGAUGAAAAACCUCAUCUCUCCGGACUUAGGAGUUGUGUUUCUCAAUGUACCUGAAAAUCUGAAAAGCCCAGAGCCCAACAUCAAGAUGAAACGAAGCAUCGAAGAAGCAAGCUUCACACUGCAAUACCUAAACAAAUUGUCCCUAAAACCCGAGCCUCUAUUUAGAAGCGUAGGCAAUGCCAUCGACCCUGUCAUCCUUUUUCAAAAAAUGGGAGUGGGCAAACUUGAGAUGUACGUGCUUAACCCAGUCAAGAGCAGCAAGGAGAUGCAAUAUUUUAUGCAGCAGUGGACUGGCACCAACAAAGACAAGGCUGAGUUAAUCCUGCCCAAUGGUCAAGAAGUCGAUAUCCCAGUCUCCUACUUAACUUCAGUCUCGUCUUUGAUCGUGUGGCAUCCAGCCAACCCUGCUGAGAAGAUCAUUCGGGUUCUGUUUCCUGGAAACAGCACUCAGUACAACAUCCUGGAAGGGUUAGAAAAGCUCAAACAUCUAGAUUUCUUAAAGCAACCACUGGCCACUCAAAAGGAUCUCACGGGCCAGGUGCCCGCCCCUGCCGUGAAGCAAGUCAAGCUCAAGCAGAGGGCUGACAGCCGCGAGAGCCUGAAGCCGGCCGCCAAGGCCCUGCCCAGCAAGUCCGUGCGGAAGGAGUCCAAGGAAGAAGCCCCGGAGGCCCCCAAAGCCAGCCAGCCGGAGAAGUCACCUAAAGCCGAAAGCAAAGAGAAAGUGAUCGUGAAAAAAGACAAGCCGCUUAAAGCCGAGGCCAAAGCUCCGGUGACGGAGAAGGAGGUCCCCAGCAAGGACGAGCAGCCCCCCGCGCAGGCCGAGGCAGCCGAGAAGCAAGCCGCUGACGUCAAACCCAAAGUUGCCAAAGACAAGGUGGUGAAGAAAGACACGAAGGCGAAACCCGAGGAAAAGAAAGAAGAGAAGGAAAAGCCUAAGAAAGAGGUGGCUAAGAAGGAAGACAAAGCACCAGCUAAGAAGGAGGAGAAGCCCAAGAAGGAGGAGGUGAGAAAGGAAGUCAAAAAAGACAUCAAGAAAGAAGAGAAAAAAGAGGUCAAGAAGGAGGUUAAGAAGGACACACCACUGAAGGAAGCCAAGAAGGAUGUGAAGAAAGAAGAAAAGAAGGAGAUUAAGAAGGAAGAAAAGGAACCCAAAAAGGAAAUUAAGAAGAUCUCUAAGGACUUAAAGAAAUCGACCCCUGUAUCAGAAGCAAAAAAACCAGCCGCGUUAAAACCAAAAGUACCGAAGAAGGAAGAGUCUGUCAAGAAAGAGUCCGCUGUUGCUGGGAAGCCCAAGGAGAAGGGGAAGAUCAAAGUCGUUAAGAAGGACAGCAAGACCGCAGAGGCCGCCGCCAUGGCUGCCAGCGCCGCGGCCACUGUGGCAUCGGUGGCGGCCGUGGCCGGACUGGCGGCCAGCGGCCCCUCCAAAGAACUGGAAGCCGAGAGGUCACUGAUGUCAUCCCCCGAGGAUCUCACCAAGGACUUUGAAGAGUUAAAAGCUGAGGAGAUUGAUGUGGCCAAAGACCUGCGACCUCAGCUGGAACUCAUCGAAGAUGAAGAGAAAGUCAAGGAAAGGGAGCCCGUGGAAGCCUAUGUCACCCAGAAAGAGACGGAAGUCAUCAAAGGGUCUGCCGAGUCCCCUGAUGAGGGGAUCACCACCACCGAAGGAGAGGGCGAAUGCGAGCAAACGCCCGAGGAGCUGGAGCCCGUUGAGAAGCAGGGGGUGGACGACAUUGAAAAAUUCGAAGACGAGGGCGCCGGCUUUGAAGAGUCCUCGGAGACCGGAGACUACGAAGAGAAGGCAGAAACCGAGGAGGCCGAGGAGCCAGAGGAUGACGGGGAAGAGAACGUGAGCGGGAGCGCCUCCAAGCACAGCCCCACCGAGGACGACGAAAGUGCCAAGGCCGAGGCCGACGUGCACAUCAAGGAGAAGAGGGAGUCUGUGGCCAGCGGGGACGACCGGGCCGAGGAAGACAUGGACGAGGCCGUUGAAAAAGGAGAAGUUGAGCAAUCCGAGGAGGAGGGAGAAGAGGAGGACAAAGCAGAGGACGCCAGGGAGGAGGACUACGAGCCGGAAAAACUCGACGCUGAGGAUUACGUGAUGGCCGUGGUGGACAAGGCCGCCGAGGCGGGGGUCGCCGAGGACCAGUAUGGGUUCCUCACUCCAUCAGCCAAGCCACCUGGAGCCCACUCUCCUGGCCGAGAACCCGCGUCCUCAAUUCACGACGAGACUUUACCUGGAGGCUCGGAGAGCGAGGCCACCGCCUCUGACGAGGACAAUCGUGAGGACCAGCCCGAGGAAUUCACCGCCACCUCCGGCUACACUCAGUCCACCAUUGAGAUCUCCAGCGAGCCCACUCCCAUGGACGAGAUGUCUACUCCUCGUGACGUGAUGAGCGACGAGACCAACAACGAGGAGACGGAGUCCCCAUCUCAGGAAUAUGUCAACAUCACCAAAUACGAAUCUGUGCUGUAUUCUCAGGACUAUGGCAAGCCUGCGGUGGCCCCGUUCAAUGGAUUAUCAGAAGGGUCCAAAACAGACGCCACGGACGGCCAGGAUUAUAAUGCCUCCGCCUCCACGAUAUCACCACCCUCCUCCAUGGAGGAAGACAAACUCAGCAAGUCUGUUCUGCGUGAUGCCUAUUGCUUGGAAGAGAAAGAAGUGAGAGCCGGCUCCGUGUUAGACAUCAAAGGCACCACCAUCUCGCCAGUUCCCGGUGGGAGGCUGAGCCCGGCUGGAAGCCCAUCCCUGAGCCCAUCUCCGCCAUCGCCCAUCGAGAAGACGCCCCUGGGCGAACGAAGCGUGAACUUCUCUCUGACACCCAACGAGAUCAAGGUCUCCACAGAGGCAGGAGCAGUCUCCGUGUCUCCUGAGGUGACCCAAGAAGUAGUGGAAGAGCACUGCGCCAGCCCUGAAGAGAAGACUCUGGAAGUGGUAUCACCGUCUCAGUCUGUGACUGGCAGUGCGGGCCACACACCUUACUAUCAAUCUCCCACCGAGGAGAAAGCCACUCACCUCCCUACAGAAGCCACCGGAAAACCACAGGCAGCUCCCGUGAGUUUUGAAUUCAGCGAUGCCAAAGACGAGAAUGAAAGGGCUUCCGUAAGCCCCAUGGAUGAGCCCGUACCUGACUCAGAGUCUCCUAUGGAGAAAGUCCUGUCUCCUCUACGCAGCCCUCCCCUCAUCGGAUCCGAGUCCCCAUAUGAAGAUUUUCUCAGCGCCGACGGCAAGGCUCGCGGCAGAGGCACUGAAAGCCCCUAUGAAGGAAAGGGGAGCCAGCAAGGCUCUCCAGACCGAGUAAGUCCCGUUCCUGAAAUGACUCCCACUGGGCUUUGUAAACAGGAAGGGCAAAGCACAGACUUUAUCCCAAUUAAGGAAGAUUUUGGUCCCGACAAGAAAACCCACGAUGUUGACGUCAUGAGUUCCCAGUCAACGCUGGCUUUGGAUGAAAGGAAACUGGGAGGAGAUGUUUCUCCAACACAAAUAGAUGUCAGCCAGUUCGGAUCGUUCAAAGAAGACACUAAGAUGUCCAUUUCUGAAGGCACUGUCUCAGACAAGUCAGCCACCCCUGUAGAUGAGGGUGUGGCCGAAGACACGUACUCUCACAUGGAGGGCGUGGCCUCAGUCUCUACAGCCUCCGUGGCGACAAGCUCAUUUCCAGAGCCAACCACGGACGACGUGUCUCCUUCUUUGCAUGCGGAAGUGGGCUCCCCACAUUCCACAGAAGUGGACGACUCCCUUUCAGUAUCUGUUGUGCAAACACCUACCACGUUCCAGGAAACGGAAAUGUCUCCGUCUAAAGAAGAAUGCCCAAGACCAAUGUCAAUUUCUCCUCCAGACUUCUCCCCUAAGACAGCCAAAUCCAGGACACCAGUUCAAGAUCAUCGAUCUGAGCAGUCUUCAAUGUCUAUUGAGUUUGGCCAGGAGUCUCCUGAGCACUCCCUUGCUAUGGACUUCAGCCGACAGUCUCCAGAUCACCCUAACGUGGGUGCGAGCAUGCUUCACAUCACUGAAAACGGGCCGACCGAAGUGGACUAUAGUCCCUCUGACAUGCAGGACUCCAGUUUGUCACAUAAGAUCCCACCAAUGGAAGAGCCGUCAUACACCCAGGAUAAUGAUCUGUCUGAGCUCAUCUCUGUGUCUCAGGUCGAAGCUUCCCCAUCCACCUCUUCUGCUCAUACCCCUUCUCAGAUAGCCUCUCCUCUUCAGGAAGACACUCUCUCUGACGUUGUUCCUCCAAGAGAUAUGUCCUUAUAUGCCUCACUUGCCUCUGAGAAGGUGCAAAGUCUAGAAGGAGAGAAGCUGUCUCCAAAAUCAGAUAUCUCUCCGCUCACCCCUCGAGAAUCCUCCCCUUUAUAUUCACCUAGCUUUUCAGAUUCUACCUCUGCAGCUAAAGAGAACUCAGAGGCUUGCUAUACCUCCUCCUCUCCACCAAUAGAUAGAUCUGCAGAGCCCUAUGGCUUCCGUGCCUCCAUGCUGUUUGAUACCAUGCAGCAUCACUUAGCCUUGAAUAGAGAUUUUACCGCAUCCGGUAUGGAGCAGGAGAGUGGAAGGAAGACACCCGGUGACUUUAGCUAUGCCUAUCAGAAGCCGGAGAAGACCACCGGGUCGCCAGAUGAGGAAGAUUAUGACUGUGAGUCCUACGAGAAACCCACCCGGGCCCCAGAUGCAGGCAGCUACUGCUAUGAGAAGACAGAGAGAACCACGAAAGCCUCGUGUGACAGUGGCUACUCCUAUGAGACCAUUGAGAAAACCACCAAGACCCCAGAAGAUGGCGGCUAUGCCUAUGAAAUCACCGAGAAGACCACGAGGACCCCUGAAGAGGGCGGGUACUCGUACGAGAUCAGCGAGAAGACCACAAGGACCCCCGGCGCGAGUGGCUACAGCUAUGAAAAGACCGAGAGGUCCAGAAGGCUCCUGGACGACAUCAGCAACGGCUACGACGACUCUGAAGACGGUGGCCACGCCGCAGGAGACUGCAGCUACUCUUACGAGACCACUGAGAAAAUCACCAGCUUCCCUGAAUCCGAAAGCUACUCCUACGAGACAUCGACAAAGACAACACGGACCCCGGAGAGUUCCACGUACUGUUACGAGACCAUGGAAAAGAUCACCAAGACCCCACAGGCCUCUACCUACUCCUAUGAGACUUCAGACCACUGCUACACGACCGAGAAGAGAUCCCCCUCCGAGGCCCGCCAGGAUGUUGACUUAUGCCUCGUGUCCUCCUGUGAAUACAAGCAUCCCAAGACAGAGCUCUCGCCCUCCUUCAUUAACCCCAACCCUCUCGAAUGGUUCGCCAGCGAAGAGCCCGUUGAAGAAUCCGAGAAGCCUCUCACUCAGCCUGGAGGAGCCCCGCCACCUCCAGGCGGAAAGCCACAGGGGCGACAGUGUGACGAGACCCCUCCCACCUCAGUCAGCGAGUCGGCCCCAUCCCAGACCGACUCGGAUGUGCCCCCGGAGACGGAAGAGUGCCCCUCCAUCACAGCCGAUGCCAACAUCGAUUCCGAAGACGAGUCGGAGACCAUCCCCACGGACAAAACGGUCACGUACAAGCACAUGGAUCCCCCUCCGGCCCCUAUGCAGGAUCGCAGCCCUUCUCCCCGCCACCCUGACGUGACCAUGGUGGACCCCGAGGCCUUGGCGAUCGAGCAGACCCUCGGCAAAGCCCUGAAGAAGGACCUGAAAGAGAAGGCGAAGACCAAGAAGCCGGGGACGAAGACCAAGUCCUCGUCGCCUGUCAAGAAGGCUGACGGGAAGCCCAAGCCCCUGGCAGCUUCCCCGAAGCCAGGCGCCUUGAAGGAAUCCUCGGAGAAGGCGUCCAGGGUAGCUUCUCCCAAGAAGAAAGAGUCGGUGGAGAAAGCUACGAAAACGGCCACCACUCCUGAGGUCAAAGCCGCCCGUGGCGACGAGAAAGACAAGGAGACCAAGAACGCCGCCAACGCCUCGGCGUCCAAAUCGGUGAAGACCGCCACCGCAGGACCAGGAACUACCAAGACGGCCAAGUCCUCCACUGUACCUCCAGGCCUCCCCGUGUAUUUGGACCUGUGCUAUAUUCCCAACCACAGCAAUAGUAAGAAUGUUGACGUUGAGUUUUUCAAGAGAGUGAGGUCAUCCUACUAUGUGGUGAGUGGGAACGAUCCUGCAGCCGAGGAGCCCAGCCGGGCUGUCCUGGAUGCCUUACUGGAAGGGAAAGCUCAGUGGGGCAGCAACAUGCAGGUGACUCUAAUCCCAACACACGACUCAGAGGUGAUGAGGGAAUGGUACCAGGAGACCCAUGAGAAGCAGCAGGACCUGAACAUCAUGGUCUUAGCCAGCAGCAGCACUGUGGUCAUGCAAGACGAGUCCUUCCCUGCAUGCAAGAUAGAACUGUAGACGCCACAGCCAGCCACACCAUAGGAUUUGAACUUUGUUUCCAGAAAUUCUUCAAUUUGAAACUACCUUUUCUAAUACGUCCAUUCAUCUGAUUACGUCACUGAACAAUUACCUGCCAAACGCUAUACUGUGUCACGGUGGUGAAAAUCACCUAUAUUUCUCAGUUUUUUGCUGAUUGCUAAGGGAAGUAACAGUAUUCCCACAAUAGGAUUCAAGUUACUACAAAAUUACCUGCCCUGUUCAUCUACAUUGGAAGCCAUGUACUCACGCAACCAACUGACUUUUGCUACGUAUUGGCAUUUAUCUUUGAGAGAGAGAGAGAGAGAGAGAGGGAAGGAGGAAGAGGGAGAGGGAGAGGAGGGAGCGAGGGAGUGAGCACACAGAAUGCAGGAGAGAGAGCUAGAAAGAGUGAGAGACAAAGAAUGAGAAAGAAAGAAUGCAAGAGGAGGAGGAUGUGAUGGUAGAGUUCUGAUGAGAUACCCCCGAGAGAAAAAGAGAGGGUCGGCGGGGUCAAGAGAAGACAGGCAACAACUGAGGUCUGCAUUUUCUCAGGCAGUAGUCUACAUUGGCCAAGUUUUCCAUUUUUGUCAGUCUGCCAAGGGCCUUCAUUUUCUAAAGCACGUUGGUUAGAACAAGCAAACAAAAAAAAAAGUGAGACUUGCUGUGAGGGAUGUGAGCCUUUCACGCCUUAAUUAAGACCCUGCAACCUGAGGGCUGCCCACUGGCAUAAUGUAGUGAGCGCAGACUGAUGUGCAAGUGGUUCGAGCCCCCUUCAGAACUCUCAGACCGUUUCAACACACAGACAGGUUGUUCUAAGGCAUGCGCCCAGCGUUUGUCCACCCACUUAGGCCACACUGAGUCCACCUGCAUGCGCCACACUCCAGUUCACCCCAGUUAACUGAAGCAAAUAUACCAAAGCAGUUGGGAGUGCACACACGGGGGACAAUUUGCCUUAGGAAGUGACUUGAAUGUACAAAGAUACUUGAUGCACUUAUUUUUUAAUGUGAGACAGCAAGUUUUUAAAACAGCCACGUAGGAUUAUUAGAUACUCCAGGUCAAGGAGCACACGCGCGCGCGCGCGCGUGCGUGGAGUACUAGAAGCUGAUCUGAUCGGUCCAACAGUUUGACGCCGCGUCGUGCGUGUUGAAUACCACCGCCGAACAAGUUGCGUCUCCCACAGCUUCACCACGACUGCAAGUUCAAGGUGGAAUGGCUUCUAUGAUCAGAACCGGGAAAGCAGUGAAUCUUAUGGUGGAAGAGGUUCUCAGCAAGUGUACAGUAUUUUCCUUCCUUUGUCUUACAUCGGCUUUUUUAAGUUUUCAUUCAUUUCGAUAUAAUUAUGGGAACACGUGUACAGAAGAAUUUUUUUUAGAUACGUGAGAACUUUUCAUAGAUGAACUUUUUAACAAACGUUUUCAUUUACAGGAAAAUGCAAAGAAAAUGUUCAAGUGAUAGUCUCCUUUUUUUUUUUUACCUCCCCCCCCCUUAAGUGUUAUGUAAGACAAACUAGAAGUUUUUUGAAGUUCUGGCAAGAUUUGAAGUCUGAUAUUCCAGUAAUAAUAUUUAUUAAAAACAUGUAACUACCAAGAAUAUUGAUACCUUCCACCCUUUGAUUCCCAAAAACAUACAAAUCUGAGCAUCAGCUGUUUGAGAGCAGGGGGCACGGUGGGGCAGGCUGCUUUUCAGGGCCUUACGUAUGUAACUAAGUGGUAUCCUACCUACUUCUUUCAAGAUCUUCAACCACGAGGUAAAAGAGCCAAGUUCAAAAGAACCCUAGCACCAAUUUGCUUUGGGAUUUUCUUUUCUGGAAAACAGUAAAUGAAAGAAAGAAUAGGUUUAAAGCAAAUAAUUCCCAACUCGUCCGUUCAUCCUGUAGAGUUCAGACAUAAUGUCCAUCAUCGUCAUCAUUGACCCAUGAACCUGGGAAGCCAGAUCAUGAUUAAAACUGAAGCCGCAUUUCCAGAUCCAUGUACCCAGUGUUCAGAUGUGGCAAAAACUUCUCAGUGACAACUGUGUUGUGCUCUGUCACACUAUGUUUCCUGCAGACUCUUAAGAUCUACGGAGUAGUGAACAAUGACCUCAAUUUAUUUUUUAUGUUAGUUAUUUAUUUCAAAAUUAACAUUUUAGUUUAUUUUUGUCUGUGAAGUGUAUGUUUUGCACUGCUAGCUACUAUGAGGGUUUAAACAAUGCUUCGGGGUCCCUUCACUGAGGACCCAUGCAGUCUACUUAAUGCUGUGAAUUACAUUUUCCAAAUGUUUAAUUUUUUAAAGAAAAUUAAUACUCUAUUUUUGUUAGGCUUCUCUAGGAAUGCAGUUUUAUUUAUUGCCCUAUUUCUUUCAAUUCUUUAAAAGUAACACAUUAAAGGUACAACGAUUUCAUAUAUGAUGGAAAAGUCAGUGUGAUGAAAAUGGAUUUCAUUGAGUAUAAACUUAUCUACUAGACCAGCUAAAACACCUAAGAUCGUUGUUUAAUGGUUAGCUGAUGAAUUGGUCCACAUAAUGCAUGGGAAGUGAAACAUGUUCUAGCCUUCUUGCCAAAUCGAGACCUCUGGUUGAUUUCUCUUUGAUACAAGAGUUAUUUUCCAAUUGCCCAAAUUAAACUUAACUUAGCUUAUAUAUUAUUUUGCUUUAAAAUAUAAAUAUCUUAGGAAAGUCAUAGCUAGUCUUCAGUUAUAACCACUCUACUCCACUCUUUUUUUUUUUUUUUUUUUUUUUUUUACUCCUUGCUAUGAGAUUUAAUGGGAAAAAAUAAUUAAAAAAAAACCUCACCGGUCUACUGGCUCUACUUCCUAUGACAUCUGUCGGUAACUCUAUCCAUCAUUCUCCGUAAUGACCACAGAGCUGAGUACACCAGGAAAAACAACAAUAUUUGCGUUACAGGUUGCUCCUGACCUCCCAGAUAACCUUUCCUACCUGUGUGACUAACCUGAUUUUGUUAGUUCCAUAGAUACACAAUUAGUUUAGUAAGAGCCAUCACAACGUACCAUGUACAUUUGUGGUGAGAGCUAAAAACUGACAUAGACUUCUAGAAGCUUUGUUCAUAAUGAUUUCUUAAUCCAGUGUAUAGGUUGAAUAUUUGAGCGGAAGGGAUUUCCACUCUGUUUAAAUGAUGGGAUUCUAUUGAGAUAGCACUUCAGACCUCGACCUUUUGUUGGUGGGGUUCUAUUCUUAAACAAAAUUCUACUGAGACUAAACAUUAGAGACAAGCCUCCAUUUCUGUUUUAACCAAUUCUACUCCUUUUUCUUCAGACCCCAACUCCUGUGCAUGCCUUCUCAGUCUUGUGGUGGGACUGAAUACAAUGACUGACCCCUCUCCCCAAACACCAUUUUUUUUUUUCAUGGAAUUCAAAAGAACUUUUUUUUUCCCCUUAACGUUGCAUAUCAUAGUGAAUGGUUUCCCCAGUGUAUAUGAAUGUUUUAAGUGUCUCCCAUAGCUUAUAAAGUUUAGGAGCUUCCAAUAUUCAUUUAAUAAGAUUUAAUCAUUUGCUAAUGGAAAUUUUGCCACCUUCCAUUUUCCCUCUGUUACGGAAUCUCAGCUCCUGGGAGCUGCUCUACAAUUCUGGAAUUGCUUUUCUUGCCUCUCUUUAGUCACCUGUCUGUCAGGAGGUUCCUGCUCAGCAAGGGUAUUGUAAGUUAGGAUAAUGACUUUUUCUGGUUUUUUUUUUUUCUUUCUUUUGUGCUUCAGAUUUAGGAGAAAAGAUCCCGUUUCCAUAUGAAAGGAACUGUAAGCUUUUAUCGUUUAACCAACUGAACAACACACCAAAAAGCAGCCUGGGGAUGAGCAUUUUUGACAGCAAUUAGAUUAUUCACCUGGUAUUAAAAUUACUCACUAUUUUAAAAACUGCGACUUCAUGGAUUCAUUUUAAAGGCAGCAUCAAAAACUGAAAAAAGAAGGGAAAAAAAAAAUAACCAGCUUCUCUGCACUUGUGUGGAGCUCCCCGAAACAGGAGCCCCAGAGAGCAGGCUCAGACCGGCUUCGAGUCAAGCUUUUCUGCACAGACGCAGCCCAGCCCGCGCUUUCCAGCCCGGGAAGAGGCGGUGCUGAGCCUAGCCCGCGAGAAGCACUCCUCUCUCUUGUUCUGAAUGGUGUUUGUGUCAGUCUGCAGCUGUGUAUGGUAUUAUGUCUUAUAAUCCUGCAUCACUUCUAUCCUAUCCAGUCAUAUCUAAUGUAGAAAAUUAGUUUCCAGUGAAAGUAAUAUGUAGUGCUUUUAUGAUAUUUGUGUGCAAUAUCCCCUCUUCCAUUGAGGAUAUUUGAUGUAAAGGAAAAAUAAACUCAGUUCCACAAUAAAAUACAAAAAAGUGGCAAAAGUU